AUGAGUGAAGAGGGUCCACAAGUGAAAAUAAGAGAAGCAACGAAGGAUAAUGUUGAUUUUAUCUUAUCUAAUAUAGAUUUAGCCCUAGCUAAUUCUUUCCGUCGAGUGAUGAUUGCAGAGAUUCCUACAUUAGCCAUUGAUUCGGUUCAAAUUGAAACCAACACUACGGUACUAGCUGAUGAAUUUAUCGCUCAUAGAUUGGGGUUGAUACCUUUACAAAGUACAGAUAUUGAACAAUUAGAAUAUAGUCGUGAUUGUUUCUGUGAGGAUCAUUGUGAUAAAUGUUCUGUUGUGUUGACUUUACAAGCGUUUGGGGAGAGUGAAAGUACUACGAAUGUUUAUGCAAAGGAUUUAGUUAUUGUUUCUAAUUUAUUAGGUCGUAAUAUUGGUCAUCCUAUAAUACAAGAUAAGGAAAAUAAUGGUGUAUUGAUAUGUAAAUUAAGAAAGGGACAAGAAUUGAAAUUGACAUGUGUGGCAAAGAAGGGGAUAGCCAAGGAACAUGCGAAAUGGGGGCCUGCGGCAGCAAUUGAAUUUGAAUAUGAUCCAUGGAAUAAAUUGAAACAUACUGAUUAUUGGUAUGAACAAGAUCCUCAAAAGGAAUGGCCGAAUUCUAAGAAUUGUGAAUAUGAAGAUCCUCCAAAUGAAGGGGAACCAUUUGAUUAUAAAGCUAAAGCUGAGACUUUCUAUAUGAAUGUGGAAACUGUUGGUUCUAUUUCUGUCGAUCAAGUCGUUGUAAGAGGUAUAAAUACUUUACAACAAAAGGUGGCAUCCAUAUUACUAGCUUUAACACAGAUGGAUCAAGAAAAAAUGCAAUAUGCGACUGUUACCGAGGGACAACAGGGCAAUAAUAUGAUGAAUCAAGAUGUUGAUAUGGAUGGAGAUGCAUACGCAAAUGGAGCUAAUAAUCAACCGGGAGCUUAUAACGAUGCCUGGUAG